AGCAUACUGCCUUUUCUAUGCAUUUACUAUUUUACCCUUCUCCAUUGCAUCCCUUCUUCCAUUUGUUUAUAUAGACCAUGAUAUGAAUCGACCCUUUUGCUAAGGCGACGCCUUCGUCUCCACCUGCAAUGGCGUCCAUGGCGACUCUAUUCACCAAACCCUCGUUCCCUUCUCAUAUUGUCUCUAAAACCUUCGAUUCCCAUUUCGUUCCCGCCUUCAAAAUAAAGCUUGCCCUUAACCCGAAGCCAAGGGCUCUCCGGAGGCUGAGAGUUUCUUCCGGGUUGAUCGAACCCGAUGGCGGGAAGCUGGUGGAGCUCCUCGUGGAGGAGUCCCAGAGGGAUUUGAAGAAGAGGGAGGCUUUGUCUUUGCCUAGGGUCAAGCUCUCUCGGAUCGAUGUUGAGUGGGUUCAUGUGCUCAGCGAAGGCUGGGCUUCACCGCUUCGCGGGUUCAUGAGAGAAUCCGAGUUCCUCCAAACGCUUCAUUUCAAUUCGCUCCGACUUGAUGACGGGUCGGUCGUGAAUAUGUCACUCCCGAUCGUGCUUGCCAUUGACGAUGCGCAGAAGCUACGGAUCGGCGAGUCCAAGAAGGUGGCUCUGUUUGAUCAGCAGGGCAACCCGGUUGCUAUUUUGAAUGAUAUUGAAAUUUAUAAGCACCCAAAAGAAGAAAGAAUUGCCCGAACUUGGGGAACAACUGCUCCUGGCCUGCCUUAUGUUGAAGAAGCUAUAACACCUGCCGGAAAUUGGCUGAUUGGGGGUGACCUAGAGGUUAUUGAACCUAUCAAGUACCAUGACAGCCUUGAUCACUUUCGGCUCUCUCCAGCAGAGCUCCGUGAAGAGUUCACUAGGCGCAAUGCUGAUGCUGUGUUUGCUUUCCAGCUCCGAAAUCCUGUGCACAAUGGUCAUGCUUUGCUGAUGACUGAUACUCGCAGGCGGCUGCUUGAUAUGGGUUACAAGAAUCCCGUCCUUCUUCUUCAUCCACUGGGAGGCUAUACCAAGGCCGAUGAUGUCCCGCUUGAAUGGCGGAUGAGACAGCAUGAGAAGGUGCUUGAGGAUGGUGUUCUUGACCCUGAGACAACUGUGGUGUCUAUAUUCCCUUCUCCCAUGCACUAUGCUGGACCGACCGAGGUACAGUGGCAUGCAAAGGCUAGGAUUAAUGCAGGGGCUAACUUCUACAUUGUUGGCCGGGACCCGGCAGGCAUGGGCCACCCAAUUGAGAAAAGAGAUCUUUAUGAUGCUGACCAUGGGAAGAAAGUGCUGGGGAUGGCACCUGGACUGGAGCGUCUAAAUAUCCUUCCUUUUAAGGUUGCUGCUUAUGACAAGACUCAGGGUAAAAUGGCAUUCUUUGACCCCUCAAGACCUCAAGAUUUCCUCUUCAUAUCAGGCACCAAGAUGCGAACACUUGCAAGGAACAAAGAAAGUCCUCCUGAUGGGUUCAUGUGUCCUGGUGGGUGGAAGGUGCUGGUUGAGUACUAUGAUUGUUUUGCUCCCUUAAGCGGUGGCAGAGUCCAUGAAACUGCUUCUGCUUAGUUUAGUUGGAACUGGUGUACAUUAUUUGCAAGUUUGUUUGGGAGAAACCUUAAAGCCAUCUUUUAUUUCUCCUAUGUUCGAGUCCAAAUUUCUCAACACUUUCUCUCUGGCCCUACUUAAUAAAGUUGAAAAGUACAGGGAGGCAUUGGCUGAGAGAGACUCAUAGUCUCAUACUAUGCCUCCAGCUCUAAGUAGGGUACUUCCAUGUAUAAUAAAUAAGUAAUGAAGAAGCUUCUUUAGCUGUUA